CCGCCCUCCCCCCACGCGCGCCGCUCCGCGCGCGGAGCCCCACGCGCCACCGCCAUGGGAUGACGCUGCGGGCGCUGCGGGUCACGCUGCCGUGGACGUUCCGGCGGCGCUUUGCGGCGCUGCCGUUCCGGCGGCCUUGGUCGCCGCGGCACUUGGAUCUCCCAAGGCCACUACCCAAAGUCGGUGCCGAAGUGGAGGACAAGGACGAGGAGGAGCAGGUCGUCCGCAUCUCUGAGAUCACCCCAAAUCAGGUGAGGGAGCUCUUGCCGCCGGUGCUCCGCGGCCCCGGAGUCCAGGAUCUUUUUGCGGAAGUGAAGCGACCGCACCUGUCCAACCCUGAAAAAGGCGGCACGUCGAAGGCAACGCAUGGCGACACUGCCUGCGAGAAGGAGGUGAAGAGGUUGUGGUUGCAGCAUGAUGAUCAAGACUUCCUAGGCUUGCAGGAUGUGGGGCGCUUUGUGAAGCUCACCCGGGAGGACUUGCUGGAACAGCUCCCUGAAGGUGGCUGUGGCGAGCUAUUUCGUGACCUCACGUUGAUCCCCAGUCGCACCCGCGACGUGGGCUUGAUGGUGCGGAAGGUCACCGCGGAACUCAUUGAACAACUCGCAGAACUGCAGGAGCACACGGAUUCUCGAAACCGGAAGUGUAUUCCGAAGGCCGGUUUCCUCUUGGACGGCCACAAGGGCACCGGCAAGAGUCAGGUCCUCAACCUGCUGGCGAUGUGGGCGCGGAAGAAUGGCUGGCUGGUGGUCUUGGAGCCCUGCCCCGGACGAUACAGUCGUGAGAUCGCAGAGAUCAAGCGCUCCAACAACGGCGUGUACAUCCAAAGCGAGUUUGCGCAGCAGUUUCUGGAAGCCAUGUCCCUGGCCAACCGCUUGAUGCUGGAGGAGAUCCCCCUGGACCGGAGAAGCUACGGCUCUCGGAGCAUCGACGGAGAAGACCUGAAGGUCACGCGUCGGCUCUAUGAGCCUUUGAUUCAGAAGACCGUGGACACCGAGGUGGAGGCCGAAGGCCUCGGUGGCGUGGAGGAGCUGAAGCGCAUCGCCUCCUAUCGACGCCAGGUGCGGAUCCCUUCGAUGGUGGACGUGAUGCCGGAUCCGCAGAAUGUUUGGGAGAUUGUGGAGUUCGGCCUGGAAAACCCGGAGUAUGCUGUCCAGGCAGUUGCUGAGACCUUUGUACAACUGCAACGACAGAGGACUCAUCCUGUCUUGGUGGUGGUCGAUGCCUGGAACGAGUGUUUCCCAGUGUCAGAAUAUGUCUCAAUCCGCUAUGACAACACGCGCUUCAACGGCUACAUCCCCGCGUAUCAUCUUUCCAUGCCUCGGGCGCUCCACCGCUGGGACGGGCACCGCUUCCAACGGGGCCUGAAGCUUUGUGCCACCAGUUGGCAGCGCAGCAACCGACGGGACUAUCGACCGGAACUCCUCGGCGUCCAGGCUCACCAGAUUCGUACGGUGAGAAACUUUACACAGCAAGAGUUCGCCAACUACGUCAUGUACUUGCGCCUGAUGAAGGUCCUUCAUAAUUUUCCGGCAGAGGACUUGGAGUAUUUCUACAUGUUGACCCAAGGCAAUGGCUUCCAAGCCCGAAAGGUUCUCUCAACGCUCUACUGAGUGGUCGCCAGCGCGAAUGAGUGAGCCAGCACCAGCCGCGAAAAC